UUCUGCAGCCUGCGGAGUUGACCGAUCGCUUGACUUUCCUUUGGAUCUGAAACUUAUCUCGCUGCCCCGAGGAGCCCGUACUAUACCAGUCGCUCACUCCUACAAUGAUAUCUUUGCCUAUAUUACUAGGGGGAGCGGGACGUGCUGGCUUGAUGGGAAAACUUAUGAAUUAGGUUACAGUGAUUGUCUAGGAGUCGCAGGGGGAUCAGGAAGUGCACUUGCUUUCAUUAGCGAGCGACAGGAUACAGAAAACGAUGAAGACGAUGUCAUGGAAGUCCUCUUCGUUUCGGAAAAACGAGAAGGAAACCAAAUACAUUACCCUCUCUCUGGAAAGGAAAAUGAAUCUACCUGGAGAGAUCCCCCCGUUGUGGAGGUUGGAUCCCACGAUGGACGACCAUUUCCUCGCAAUGUCAAACAUUCGGCCUCGGAUCGUAAAAAUCCUCCCCCGCACCCAUUUUGGCCAUCUAAAAUUUUCCAUUCACUCGUUAUGACUAUGCCAAACAUGAUGGAACCCCCGUUCGGAUACGAACUUGGGGCCCUCACUUUGCUGAUGUCUCUCUCGGGUCGGAUGUCCGUGUCUCAAAUUGUCCUCCCCCCAAACGCAUGCGCAUCUCCACCCACAGCGCAUACUAGAACAAUAAUGUACGUUGCAAUAGAGGGGGAGGGGAGAUCCUGGGAGAGCGGGACGACAGAGUCUUUUGGAGAAGGUCAAUUCCUUGUUGUGCCCGGAGGAACUGGAAUUCUGCAUUGCAUUUUUAAUGAAGGAGACGAUGAUUUCAUCUAUUUAGAAAUAGAAUAUAAUGGCGGGGAAGACAAGAUAUUCCGUUUUCCUGGAGAUGAUGGUGCCAAAAGAGAAGCAAUUGACUCCGGUGAGAUCUGGUGGGACUCGGCACCACAGCACCAGUUGGGAACAGAAAGCUACAUUCCGUCCGAAAGGCAUGCAAUCUCAGCGUAGGAAAAUCAAGGAAACUCUUAAUGACAAUAUUCUGACAUUGUACAAGCGUCUGUCGGACUAAAUAAACCUAUGGAUCACCAAACAGUCUUCGUCUGCACGUCGCCCGCAUCAGCAAGAAGCUAUAGGCUCUGAAG